AUGGCCCGCACUAAGCAGACCGCCCGCAAGUCCACUGGUGGCAAAGCCCCCCGCAAGCAGCUCGCAUCCAAGGCAGCUCGUAAGAGUGCGCCAUCUACCGGUGGUGUCAAGAAGCCCCACCGCUACAAGCCCGGAACCGUCGCUCUCCGUGAGAUCCGUCGCUACCAGAAGUCGACUGAGCUCCUCAUCCGCAAGCUGCCCUUCCAGCGUCUUGUCCGUGAGAUUGCCCAGGACUUCAAGUCCGAUCUCCGCUUCCAGUCCUCUGCCAUCGGUGCUCUCCAGGAGUCCGUUGAGGCCUAUCUCGUCUCCCUCUUCGAGGACACCAACCUCUGCGCCAUCCACGCCAAGCGUGUCACCAUCCAGAGCAAGGACAUCCAGCUCGCCCGCCGCCUCCGUGGUGAGCGUGGUUAA